AUGAGUAACAAUACUGUGACCGGGAGGACCAUGGUCCCGACAAUACCUUCCAUCAUGUUUAUUUUCGGAGUGGUGGGAAAUGUCAUCGCCAUCGUGGUGCUCUGCAAGUCCAGGAAAGAGCAGAAGGAGACCACGUUCUACACGCUGGUUUGCGGUCUGGCGGUUACGGACCUUUUGGGGACCCUCCUGGCCAGUCCAGUCACCAUCGCCACUUAUGUGAAAGGAUCUUGGCCAGGCGGGGACCCACUCUGCCAGUAUUUCGGAUUUAUCCUCCUCUUCUUCUCUUUAGCGGGGCUCAGCAUCAUAUGCGCAAUGUCCGUCGAGAGAUACUUGGCGAUAAACCAUGCGUAUUUCUACAACGACUAUGUGGAUCAGAGACUGGCGGGGUUGACUCUUCUGGCUAUCUACGUCUCCAAUGCGCUUUUCUGCGCUCUGCCUAGUAUGGGUCUGGGACAAGUCAAAAAGCAGUACCCACAAACCUGGUGCUUCAUAGAGUGGCGGAGCAACGUGAGUACUGAUGCCACCUUUUCUUACAUGUACGCGGGAUCCAGUUCGAUUCUAAUUCUGGCCACGGUGAUCUGUAACGUUCUGGUGUGCGGGGCUUUGAUCCGGAUGCACCGGCAGUUCGUUCGGAGGAUGUCGUUGGGGACAGACCCAGGGCGAAACACAGACCCAAGAAGGAGACGCAACUUCGGGAAUCUGGCCGGCGCGGAGAUCCAGAUGGUGAUUGUACUCAUAUGCACCUCAGCGGUGGUGCUCGUAUGCUCCAUUCCACUAGUUGUGCAGGUGUUUCUGAACCAGCUGUAUAAGACUCCGGUGGAGCUGAGACUGGAAAAGAACCCAGAUCUGCGGGCGAUCCGCUUCGCUUCUUUCAACCCCAUCCUGGACCCCUGGAUCUACAUCCUCCUCCGCAAGGCCAUGCUCCUCAAGCUCAUUGAACAGAUCAAGUGUCUGUUCUGUCAGAUAGGAGCACGGCGGCAGCAGAGACAGAACUGCCACCAGCGCCCCUCCAUCAUCUCCUCUCGAGAGUCACCCUCACUGGUGUCCCGCGAGCUGAGGGAGGUGUCCAGCACCUCUCAGACCGUUCUCUACCUGCCCGAAGGAAGUGAGACGUACACAGGAAGCUGUCAUCACACAGGAGAGCAGUUUGGGUUCCGCACUUCCUCUGUCCAAGACCCCCGAAGUUCUUAUUCAUCAGGGCAGAGCAAUACAGAGGACGGGAGCAGAGAAGCGACACAUCUAACCAGGGACCUUUCUGGUGUGGCAGGAAAGACCACUCAGUCAUGUGUGAAAGACCAGGCUCUUCAUGUGUCGCUAAGCAAUGAGACAGUACAGGAGAAAUGCAUAUAAGUCUUGUUUAUUUGGAUUCCCAGAAGCAGUUACUUUCUCUAGUAUUCUAGUACUCCUCAGUCCUCAUAUUAUUGUGAGGUU